GCGAAAAGGGGGGGUUAAACGGUUGUUUUUACCUCAGAGGCGAGACUCAUUCCCUUUUAUUCCCAAAUAUAAACGCAAAACGCCCAUAAACAGCCUCUAUAUGAAAGGGAAAUGGCUGGGUUUCCUGAGGAGGAACGUUAAAAGCCUUAUUUCUUCGUCUUUCCCGCCUUUCUGUGUUUAAAAACAUGACUUAUUAUUAUUAUUAUUAUUACCUCAGGGAAACGUUUCCUGAGGCGAAAGGAGGGAUGCUGCUGAAGGUCUCCUGAGGGAAAGAAGGAAAGAGAAAGAGAAAGAGGCGUUGUUUGUGGAGCCAUGGACGAACAGAGUGUGGAGAGUAUUGCUGAAGUGUUCCGAUGUUACAUUUGUAUGGAAAAGCUGCGCGAUGCGCGCCUGUGUCCGCACUGCUCCAAGCUGUGUUGUUUCAGUUGCAUUCGGCGCUGGCUGACAGAACAAAGAGCCCAAUGCCCACAUUGUCGAGCUCCACUCCAGCUGAGAGAACUUGUCAACUGUCGUUGGGCUGAAGAGGUGACCCAGCAGCUAGACACGCUCCAGCUGUGCAACCUGAACAAGCUUGAAGAAAAUGAAAAAGACAAGUGUGAAAACCAUCACGAAAAGCUGAGUGUAUUUUGUUGGACGUGUAAGAAAUGUAUCUGCCACCAGUGUGCCCUUUGGGGUGGAAUGCAUGGAGGGCAUACAUUUAAGCCAUUGGCUGAAAUAUAUGAACAGCAUGUCACGAAGGUCAAUGAAGAAGUUGCAAAGCUUCGCCGAAGACUCAUGGAGUUGAUCAGUUUGGUGCAGGAAGUGGAAAGAAAUGUGGAAGCAGUACGCAGUGCAAAAGACGAGCGUGUUCGGGAAAUCAGGAAUGCUGUAGAGAUGAUGAUUGCUAGGUUAGAUACCCAGCUGAAGAACAAACUUAUCACACUAAUGGGUCAGAAGACAUCACUCACUCAAGAAACAGAACUUCUGGAGUCUCUUUUGCAAGAAGUGGAGCACCAGCUUCGGUCAUGCAGUAAAAGUGAGCUGAUAUCGAAAAGCUCUGAGAUCUUGAUGAUGUUCCAGCAGGUCCAUCGGAAGCCCAUGGCCUCUUUUGUCACUACACCUGUCCCUCCAGACUUCACAAGUGAGUUAGUACCUGCAUAUGAUUCAACUACCUUUGUACUGGAGAACUUCAGCACUUUACGCCAGCGGGCAGAUCCAGUUUACAGUCCGCCUCUUCAAGUUUCGGGGCUUUGCUGGAGGUUAAAAGUUUAUCCAGAUGGAAACGGAGUGGUGCGAGGAUACUACUUAUCUGUAUUUCUUGAGCUUUCAGCUGGGUUGCCAGAAACAUCCAAAUAUGAGUAUCGCGUAGAAAUGGUCCACCAGUCCACGAAUGAUCCUGCCAAAAACAUCAUUCGAGAGUUUGCAUCUGAUUUCGAAGUAGGGGAGUGCUGGGGUUACAACAGGUUCUUUCGGCUGGACUUGCUUGCCAACGAAGGCUACUUGAACAGACAGAACGACACGGUCGUAUUACGGUUCCAGGUGCGGUCUCCUACCUUCUUCCAGAAAUGUCGGGAUCAAAACUGGUACAUUUCUCAGCUGGAAGCUGCUCAGACAAGUUAUCUCCAGCAAAUAAAUAACCUGAAAGAGAGGCUUGCCAUCGAGCUUUCCCGUACCCAGAAGUCCCAUGGCGUAUCUCCUCCAGAUACUCACCUCAGUCCACAGAGCGACGAUGGUUUGGAAACAAGACCAAAAAAGUCAGGACCAAACUCAGAAGUACUUCUUGAGGCUGUGGCCAGUACAGCAUCACCCAGAGAUGCAAAGGAUGAAGAAGAGGAGAAAGUACAAUAUGAGGAUUUUAAUCACGAGCUUUCAGACGGGGACCUCGAUGUCGAUCUGGUUGGGGAGGAUGAGGCCAACCAUCUUGAUGGCAGUAGUUCCUCAGCAAGUUCAACAGCAACCAGCAACACAGAAGAAAAUGAUAUCGAUGAGGAGACCAUGUCGGGAGAGAAUGAUGUCGAAUAUAGUCACAACAUGGAGCUGGAGGAGGGGGAUCUUGUCGAAGAAGCUGCCUCUGCGACAGCAGGUGCCUCAGGUGGAAACCAUGGCUAUCCCACUGCAAGCUGCCGCAUGUCAAGGCGAGGCACGGGUGCGCUGGGCUCCUCCACCAGUAGCAGCUUGCUUGAUAUCGACCCAUUGAUUUUAAUUCACUUGUUGGACCUAAAAGACAGAAAUGGGAUGGAAAACCUGUGGGGCUUGCAGCCGCGGCCUCCUGUUUCGCUUCUGCAGAACAGAGCAUCCUAUUCUCUAAAAGAGAGGGACCAGCGGAGGCAUCAGGCCAUGUGGCGCGUUCCACCAGACCUGAAGAUGCUGAAGAGGUUGAAAAGCCAGAUGGCAGAAGUCCGCAGCAAAAUGUCCGAUGUGAAGAACCAGCUGUCGGAGGUUCGGAGUAGCAACACCACCUCUUCCGAUGGUCCAUCCUCGUACUCAUUCCCCGGCGACCAAGGAGCCUUGGCUGCUUGUGGAACAGAUAGUUACAGCAAACUGCAAGAACUUGGGAGAGAGCUGUUGACAAAAUCGUCCCUCUCUAGUUGCUACAUGCGGAACUCCACAAACAAGAAAAGCCAUUCAGCCAAAACUGGUCGAACUGGGGCAGCGGGCAGCCUGUCCCUACGGCGAGCAAUGGAUUGUGGAGAUGGAAAUCUUCGCUUGAAGGGAGACUGUCAGAUUUCCUCUGAAGGUUGCCUGGGAAACCCCAAGCCCAGCAGUCGACGUGGCUCUCCCAGGUCCUUGACUAAUGGCAAUGCCGCAGAGCCACUACCUAAACUGGAAGACAGACCAUGUAAUGUCUCUGAUUCCGAUGUGGGGACUUCUGGUUUAAACAGCAUCAUUCCUGCAGAAAAAGGCCGGAAAGUAGUAUCCGGAGGGUCCAAUUCAAAUAGGUGUCGUGGGGAAGCAACAGAACCAGAAGACUUGGAAAACAACACUGAAGCUGGAGAACUGCCAGCGAUCCUCUCCGAGGGAGCCUCAGCGGGCCCAGAAGAUGGUCCAGCUGCGCUUUGCCAGAAGCAUAUCCUUCACCUCCUGCCAGGCAUGAGCAGUGACAGCGACAUUGAAUGCGACACAGAUAAUGAAGAGCAGGAGGAUGCAGAAACAGCCACUGCCACUCCGGACAUCUUCAGCCAAGGUUUCCAGACCCAGCCUUCAAGUGAGGCCUUAGACUUGUGUACCGUUUUCCCAGAGGGUGACCAAAUAGGCCCUGAAGACCCUUCCUUUGCCACUGGAAAGGACAGCACCAGGUAAAGCAUUUGGUGGUGAGGGCUGCCUGAGCUUGGAUUAGCUUUCCUUGAGCCUGUCUGUCAGAAGUGGCGUGGUGCAGCAUCACAGGGUCUGGCUUAAUUCACCUGCAUUAUUUCUGGCGAUGCCUUACGCACACCCUUUCCCUGAAAACCAAGCUGUGCCGCUUCUCCGAUUGUGUGUCAUCUGCACCCCAUGUGUGUGCUUCUCAAAGGGGCUGUUCUGAAGAGAUUGAGGGAUGGAAGAAGGGACACACACACCCCUCCACUCCCUGCUGCUGUUACUUUGAAAUGAUGUGAAUUGACACUAAAGCCGUUGUACUCCCGAGUCCUAAGCUACUUAACGGUGAAAUGUUGCUCUGGAAGAGCUGCUCUUUUCCUUUCCUUACUCCCCUCCACCUUUUCCCCCCCCGUUGAAAAAUACUUGUUGCCAAACUUCAUCCCCCCCCCCCCUUUUCUUUCUGCCAUUGUGCAUUGCAUUUUUGCUGCUAAAGGUUGUUCUGUGAAGUUACGCUGAAUUUGGCUGUUCUUUUUCAAAGCACGAGUUAACUGUAUAAAUGUUAGUUGGGUGUUUCCUCUGGAACGUGGCGUCCUCCCCAGAAGGAUUCGCCCGUCGGUGUCGAUGGUGAACUGCUGUAAAAAUUCUCAAUCGUUCCGAGGACAAUGGUUUGCACUCUUUUAAUGAAUAAAGUGGCAUUGGAAAUGGC